UAUAAAUACAACCCACCACUAUAUGGAUAAGCACCAACAUUAGCCACUUUCCCAAUCUCUGUCCCAUUUCGUUCUUAUCCAAUCUUGUUCACAAUGGAGGUGAUUAAUGGCACAACAAGGCCAUCCUCAUCGAGCUUGAAUCCCAACGCUCCAAUGUUUGUGCCACUUGCUUACCGUACGGUGGAGGAUUUCUCCGACGAGUGGUGGAACCUCGUCCACUCCUCCCCCUGGUUUCGUGACUACUGGCUCCGUGAACGGUUCCAAGAUCCCCAAAACGACGUCGCUGCUCCGUUCUCUGAUUUUGAUAUGGAUGAAGAUUCACUCUUCUAUAAUCAACCAGAACCACAAGAAGAAGAAGAAGAAGAAGAAGGGAAAGAGUUGGUGUCGUUGGGGAUGUUGAAAUGGCCUGGAUCUGGAGCCCGGGCUGAAGUGCCGAGGUAUGCUGAAAAGAAGCCCAAGUUUGUCAAGCCCAGGAUGAGCCCACGGGCUAUUCACCAGCCCAGGUAGACGGUGCGUCCAGGCCCAAGCCAGUUUGCUGUACAUAAAAAAAAAGAGUCGUAACUUUGGAGAUUGCUUUGUUAAUUAAGAUUUCAGUUUCCUUUUUCAUGUUGAUGUAUGUUGUUGUCUUGUUCUUUGUACAAUCAACUUUAGUUUCUUAAUUUUCUCCUAAUCCAAGAUAUUGUUGACUUUUUUUA